UUCGUGGUGGGCGCCGCAGCGCGGUGGAAUCCCACUAGCCAUGGCGGCAGGUGCGAUGGCGAUGCGACGGAGGGAUAGGGAAUCAUGGCCGGUGGCAUGAUACGGUUCUCGCUGCUCGCCGGAUUCUCCCCGUUGGUGGCGGUGCUUGGGUCUCAUCCUGCAUGAUUGAACCGCAGCAUGGCCUGGGAGGGGGGCCUGGCCUUGGCCCUUGGCUUUUCCAAGUGGAACGCAACGCCGAUGAUUCAGUUUUGGAAGUACGGGUGGAUCCCAAAAGUUUGGUAAUCGAACUGCUUAGAGCAAAUUUUUUGUUAUCUAACACCUGCCGUCAGGUCUCGAUUACACUGCACGUCUGAGCAUGUCAGAAGUGAAGUGCAAGCAGCUGCAACAUGCCCCGCCACCUACAACUUCAGCGCGGUUGUGCGAGCUGUUCUCCUAUCCGCCGGCGGCAGAUAACCGAAAAUUGCAAGCAGGAAGCACAUCGACAGGAAGAGAUUUCUUAACAAGCUAGGAACUUUUAUCCACAAGGAGGUUUUGUGAAUCUCAUUAACCAACCAUACAUGGCAAUGCCGUCGCAUCCACUUGGACAGAAUUUCCACAUUGUUGGUCUUGCACAAAACUUCAACACCUCUCCACCGCCGCCGCCAAGUGUUACAAGGACUCCAAAACCAUCUAGACUUGAUAAAGAAACAAUUGACAUUGAUGAUGAUGGUCAUACAGGCAGUGAGGAAACUAGGACAGUCAAGAAAAGAUAUUGGACACAUGAAGAGGAAGUGAGGCUGACUAGUGCUUGGUUGAAUUGUUCUAAUGAUCCGAUACAUGGCAAUGACAAGAAAGGAGAUACUUUUUGGAAAGAAAUUGCUGAAUACUUCAACAAGCAUGCUCCAGCAGAUCGUCAAAGGGACGUUAAUCAACUAAAGAUUCAUUGGUCACGGUUGAAGACAUUGAUCAGCAAUUUUAAUGGGUGUUGGAGUGCCGUAUCAAAAAUGCAUACAAGUGGGUACUCCAAUGAUCAGCUAAUGGAUGAGGCUCAAAAGAUGUAUGCAAAUGCGAAUAACGGCAAGCCUUUCACCCUGGUUCAUUGGUGGAAAGCCCUCAGAAAUGAGCCUAAAUUUUGUGCACAUAUCUCACAAAUGGAUAAAGAAAAAGGUCAGAGCCGUACCAUUGACAUUAUUGAAGACAAAGAUCAGCAACCCCCACAACGACCUAUAGGAAGAGAUGCAGCCAAGGCUCAAAAGAAUGGCAAGCGCAAGGUAGAAGAGGUACUAGAUGGUAUUGUUCUUCUCGGGGAGAACAUAAACAAAAUUGUUGAAGUGCAACAAGAACGUAAACAAGAGCGUGAAAAAGUGGCUGCAGCUCAACUGGAAAUCUCAAGGAUACAACUCAAGGCUGCACAGGAGCAAAAGGAGGCCAAAUUGCUUGAAGUAUACAGCUCACUACUGCAGCAAGACACUAGUCAAUUGUCUGAGCAAGCAAGAAUAAAUCGAGAGAAGACACUGCAGAAGAUGGAGUUGAAAUUGUUUGGUGACAGUGGUGGCGAGUGAGAUGAAUUGCUGGCGGAGGAUGAUAUCUUGGAUGAUGUUGUUAGUGAGGUGACUAGUGUUAUGAAGGCCAGCGUUGAAGCUCUUCAAGAUGUGGCAUCCGAUACUCGUCUUCGUCCAAGGAAGUACAUCAAAAGGGAACGGGAGGAGGCUCAACAAAAUUUGUAUGAUGAUUAUUUCUCUAAAAAUCCUCUCUACCCUCCAUCUAUUUUUCGUAAAAGAUUUCGCAUGUCAAGGACACUUUUUCUGCGCAUUGUUGAGAAGCUAGGCAAGUGGUCUGGAUAUUUCACUACGCAGACAGAUUGUACUAUCUUGCUGAUGGAAUAUACCCGGAAUGGGCUAUUUUUGUUAAGUCAAUAUCCAUGCCUAUCAAUGAGAAGGAUCAAGAAUUUGCUAAUCAUCAAGAAGGUAAAAGAAAGGAUAUUGAACGAGCAUUUGGUGUCCUACGACGCCGAUGGUGUAUUUUGAAGCGACCAGCUCGUCUACAUGAUCAAAAACAACUUGAGAACGUUAUUGUAGCUUGCAUCAUACUUCACAACAUGAUAGUGGAAGAUGAAAAGCAAGAAGAUAUUGAAGAAAAUCUUGAUUUGAAUGAGGCUGCAAGUUCUACCAUUGUCGAAGAACCCAAAUUCUCCUUUGGUGAAUCUAUUCCAUUUGAAAGAGUGCUAGAGAAUCAAACGGAUCUUCAAGAUCAUUCGGCUCAUCUAAAAUUAAAGAAGGACUUGGUUGAGCAUAUUUGGCAAAAAUAUGGGCGUCGUUAAAAAGUAUCUAUCUACUUAUAAAUAUUAUAUGUAAUAUAUAUAAACCUUAUCUAAAUGAUUUUGCUAUCUUUAUUUGUCAAAUGUUCGUUUCAAUUUAUGUAUGGCAGCACAUCGAAAACUAUUGUUCUAUUGUAUGGCUACAAAUAUACAUGCCACACUAGAUCAUGAGGCUAACUGGCAUUUAAUUACACUGGUUAGAUUUGGAAACAGUGAAAUGAAACUGUUUCAUUCAUCCCCAAACUAAUGUGGCAUUCUUGGAAACAGUGAUACGAAACCUCCCAUUAUAAUCAGCCUUGCAACCAUCUCCACAAGCGUCGCGUGGGUUACGACCAUCUCCACAAGCGUCACGUGGCGAUGAGACUUCCACGUAGUCUGCCUCAAAUCGAGCUCCUCUGCCUCCAAAUUGUCCUCUGCUGUUGCUGGAUUGAGCUCCGCCGCCGUCGGAUCGACCUCCGCCGGCACAAAAUCGACAAUCGUAGCAGCCAAAUCAGUCUUCUUCUUUCUCAAUCGACCUCUGCUGCCUUCAAGUUAAGCUCCGCCGCCAUCAGAAGAGAGCGCGAGGUCGGCUGCAGUAAGGGAGCGAAACGACAUCACUCAACUUGAGUACGAGAAGUGGAAGGGUUUUGUGCCGCGGCGCGGGAUCGGGGAAUGGGGGCGGAAACCCUCGUCCUCUCCGCCGACCUCGAGGAGGUCUCCGACGCGCCUGCCGCGAUUCCCUCCCCCUUUUGGUCGGGAAGCUCCCCGCUCCCGCCUGGUAUGUUUGAUUCGUCUCUCCGCAUCCGCGUUUCGCCUGCUUCAAUUUUGCCAUGGUUUUGAAACUUCAGCCGGGAUCGCGGCGUAGAUUUGAUCCAUAGGUCAUUUUUCUGCUUUUCGUACUACCGAUUUUUUGCGGUCGAUGUUUGGAUUUUGCGGAUGCCCGAUGACCCCAUCACCUGGUGACUGGAUGGAUGGACGGACGGAUGGAUCGAUCGAUGGAUGGACUCCGGAUUUGAGCUCCGCGGAGCCACCCUUUGCUUUUGCAAGGUCCGAGGUUCUGAAAUGGCUAAUGCAGUGUUGGCUUCUCCGUCUUCUGGGCGCUGAAGCAUGCUUGGGAUGCCUAGGAUUGGAUGACCACUCUCACUGACAAGUCGGACCGCUCUUGUGGCAGACCCAUCACCUCCUCCUUCCUCUAUUGGUACUGCAACUGCUGGUCCAAUCCGGACUUGGAUUGAUUUCUUCUGUUGCUAAGGAACCCAAGCUAUCUAGCUUGGGUGGAUUCUUCUCGUACUACUACUACUACUGAGCCCCUAAGACAUGCUUCAGUGCCAGCGUUGAAGCCCACUGCAUUAGCUUCUGAUGGAGAUCAAAUAAGGUUGUCGAAUCUGAGGGCUAUGAGCUAUGUGGUAAUAUAAAUAUUCUGGUGUUCCGAUUGGAAUCAAUUUUAUCACCUAUUAUUUGGGAGUCUGUGUGAACAAGCUUUAAAACAAUCAGGAUGGUCAUGUUUUAUUGCGUUGAUAGGAUGCUUUGAUGUAAUUCUCACUUCUCAGUGAGGGGACUUGAGCAUGUGGGUUGUGGCAUGUAGCAGUGAUAUUGCAAGGUUUAUUUGUAGUACCCAUCCUCUGCUUGUCUUUCAUCUCCUGAUUGGCGCCUCCAAGGUUUACAGCAUUGUUUUAAAAAGCAGUCUUCAUUUGAUGGAUCAAGAUAUGCAUCUUCUAAUCAAAACAAGACGUACUCAUCCAUCCUUCAUGUAUAGUGCUGCUACUACUACUAUAGUUGCUUGGCUUGCAUUUUGCUGUUGAUAUUUAUUGUAUGAGAGUUUUUGUUGAGUUUUAAUGAACUUAUGAAUUCUGACCAUCUCUUGCACCACCCAUAAAUCCCAUAACUGUAUUGCUGUACUGCAUAUAGUGAUAUUGUUAAUUUUAGCCGUUUAUUUUAGGCCAUCUUUUAGUUUUACUGUUGUGCUGUGUGGUUUGUCUUUUGGCCCGAUGAUGAUGAGACUUGUGGAUGGAUAAUGGACUGACACAGAUUUGAGCUUGUUGGGAUCAACCUAUGCAGUUGAAAGGUUGUAGCUCCUGAAAUGGAUUGUGCUGUGUUGGCUUCCCCAAGAUCUGUGCGCUGAAGCAUGCUCAGGUAUCAGAUGUGACAACACAUGGGUCAACCAUGAGGUUGGUGAACUGUCCCGGCUUCUUUCUUUCUUUCUUCUACUUCAUCCUCCUCCUUUCCACUUGUUGCCACUGCUGGCAUGCUCGCCAUCAUCAUCAUCCGCGUUCUUCUAUUCUAAUGAUCCCUUGGGACAUGCUCUAGUGCCAAUUUUGGAGCCCACUGCAUUAUCCUUUGGUGAAAAAUGGUGUUACAUGCAUACCACAUAGUCUGAGGGCCAUUUGGUGAGACCAUUGGUAAUUUGGUAUUUUGUAUUCUCUUUAUCUUUUUAUGUGGAUUCAUCUUUUUGAGUUGAAGAUCCUCCUUCAGUUUGGUUUAUUAUGGAGAGCUUGGUGUCAUACUCAAGUGGAAGUUGAUCUUCUGUUGUAAGACGCGACUUGCUAGGAAUUUUGAGAUCAUAUUUCCAUAUGUUUGUGGCUUUGCACCUCUUCUAACACAAUUUCUUUUUGAGCUGUUUCCCCUUUUUGCUCUCCAAUUUGGGAAGUUAUGUCCGCACCAACUUUCUAGUUUUAUGAAAGAGUGGCCAUCUUUUGGACAAUGAAUGUCAGCAUGAUCUUUAAUAAUUUAUUUUAAAAAUGUGUUUCCCAAUGAUUAUGUACCUAUGAGAUCUGAGGGCAUGCUGUUUUUUUUAAUCGCAUGUAUUCAUCUUUAGUUUCUUCUUUUAAUAAAUAUAUUCACAUUUUCAUCUACCAGGUUUGCCUCUGUUAGUUUGAUUGGAGAGUUCUCUUGUGUUGAUGCCUCUUAUGUUAGAUUUAUUAGUACUAUUAGUCUUUAAAUCCUUUGAUUUUAUCUAUGAUGGUACAGCUUUGCCCGAAUUACUUUCCUGCAUUUCUAGUGUCUUUUGUUUAUCCACUUUCUUGUUUUGUUUCAUUGGCAGAGUUCGUGUCUCUUAUUUAGUUUAGUCAGCUUGGAAACUCAUCUGCCUGUUGGUGUUUAUAAGGGUGACUCGGUUGUAAACCGGGUUCUGUAUGAGGUCCAAUUGGGUAAUUAUUGCAAAUUGUAGUUCCUAAAGUGGGCAGUCCAUAGUUCAUUUCUCUGUUAUGUUCAAACCAAUAUCUGGUUACCAACAGAUGGUCGCACCCCUGCAGUGCAGCCAACUCUCACCCUUGCCACCAGGAUUUUGUGGUUGCCCAAUGAUGAUCAUGAUGACCCCAUCACCUGAUGAAUGGAUGCAUGGAAAAUAGAUCGGCUAGGAUUUGAGCUCCAUGGAGUCACCCAUUACGUUUGCAAAGUUGGAGCUCCAGAAAUUGCUACAGCAGUGUGGGCUUCUGUGUCUGGGCGCCACAGCAUGCUUGGGGAUCGAAUGAUCACUCCACUGACAAAUGGAACUGCCCCUUUGGCAGGCUCCUCGCCUCCUCCUCCUCCUCUGCUUCCUCCCCUCUACUGGCAUUGCAAGUGCAGAUCCAUCCAGAAUUGGAUUGAUUUCUUCUUCUCCUGGUAACAAACCCUAGCUUACUUGGAUGGAUUCCUAUGUGUUCUGGUGCCAGCGUUGAAGCCCACUGCAUUAGCUUCUGAUGCAAACCAAGCCGGGUUGUCGAAUCUGAGGGCUAUUUAAUAUAAUAAACAUUUUGGUGUUUAAUAGUCAGGGUCUUUUUUUUUUAAAGCAAACAAUCAGGGUGUUGAUGUUUCGUUCCUUGGUGUAGGAUACUGGAAUUGUGGAAUGUCAGCGAUCUUGGACCCAAUUCUCUUUAAACAAUUGCCCAAUGAUGAUAAAUCAAAUAUGCAGAGAUGGCACCUCCCUCCCUCCCUCUCUAGCUACCUAGCUGGCUGCCCGUGCCGGCUAUCUACCUAUCUAGCUAUCUAUCUACCUACCUACCUCGUUUGAAUGCCUAAUAAGGAGUGCGGCGGCGGCGGCGGCACAGCAGCAGCAGCAGCAAUAAGAAUCCUUUCAGAACUCCUCAGUUUUACUGCCAGUUCAUACCUUGUGCCAUCAUUGAAUGCUGCAUCUACAAGAUCUGAGGGCGCAGUAUUUCAUUCCCACCUAGAUUACUCCAAUUCUGUUUCUUAUCCAUUCAUAUGUUUCUAUUUUCUUUGCGUCUUUUCAUUGUAUAAGUGUCUUCGUGAGUGUAAAUUGUUCUUACAUUGUGUUGAAGGAAUGCUGUUGACCCUUAUUAGGCAUGCUGCUCAUUUUAGCCAAUGAUUAUGUCUUGUUUCGCAAUACACAUCAUAAAGCUGGCAAUAGUCUUCUUAAUUAUUGUGUGUGCGCAUUCAUCUACCUGGAUAUAUAUGGCUCGCAAGCACACUUCCAACCACCUUUUGUUUUAUUCCUAUUUCUCCCAUCCAGCCAAGAAUCUAGCCAUCGCCCAUGGAAUAUUUCAACCUCGAGAUACUGGUGGCACAAGAGAAGUGGGUGGUUUCAUAGUGUUUUUGCUACAAGCUAUUGUGACUGUCUUCUUAAUUUGUCAAUUACAGAAAAAGAAACCCAUACUCUAGGUUUCUUUGCCUUAUAGCUGAUUCUGAAUUGGUUGACACAUUUUCUUAAUUGUGUUUCUUCUUUGCAGUUCAAAAAAUUAGUUUUGUACUUGUGGCAACUUGGUGAAUAACCAUCUUCAAGAUUACGUGGUGCUGCACAAAACCAUGAGGCUUGGGUAGUGUGUGUGGGCAUGAAAUACUCAGUCUGUUGGGCAAGGUUUCACGAGGUUUCCUAAUUUUUUCAGAAUUUACAUACUUAGCAUUGUUGUGUGCCUUGCCUUUUUUUUCCCACUUUUUAUGGGGUCUUGAGUUCUGUAUCCUUCUCUUUGUUAUUCAGUUGCUUCUAUGGCUAUUUAAGAAAAAAAAACUAUGCCAGCCUAGGAGGAACUAGGUGGCUUUGUAUUAAAAAGGAAAUAAGCACCCAAAUUAGCUUGGGUGGUCUAGGUAUCCACACUCUCAACCAACUGAGCUACGCUCAGCUUCCUUAUAUGGCUAUUUUCUUGUUGAUGGUAAUGUUUGCUUACUAAUCAAGUGCCAAUAAACAUACUUACAACAUAAUUAAUGUUAGCAUGUCAUAAAUUGCUCGUAUUUUGAAAUAUCUCAUUUGUGGCUCUACCAUAUACAAGCCAUCUUAUUACAAAGUGGGUGUUACAGAAUGCAUGUUUGUUUAUACUGUCCACCAGAAAAUGCAUGCUUGUCAACACAGUCCACCUGUUUUCCUAUCAGUUCUAUCUUAUGCAACUACUUUUCUCCACUACUAUAGCAUUCUAUUAAUCUGUUUUCGUCCUCUUCUGGUGCAUUGUAGUUUGCACAUGAUCAACUAACAUUAGAUUAUGGAUCCUGGUACUUAGCAUUGUCUUUAUGGGCAUAUAAUCAGUUUUUUUUUACAUUUGUAUAUGACCUGUUUCUCUAUGGCUGCCAUUUCCAGGAAGAUGGGUACAUCUUAUGUAGUUAUGUUCCUUUACUGUGUUCGUGGAAUAGCAAUAACAAAUGUGCUGAUCUUUGGCAUAACAGGGUUUGUACCAUGAAAAUGAUAUGUGUGUGUGUAUGGUGCUCCUGGUAAUUUGGAUUCUUUGAUUGGUUUGUCACCUUUAGGGAUUUUUUUUCCCUCGAUGGAAGAAAAGGAACAAUUAACUGGAACAAUUAACUGUGUACUUUGUACCUUGGAUGGAAGAUUGGAUUGUAUUCAACAAUUAAAUUAUGGAUAGAAGAUUAGAUUGUAUUCCUCAAUUAAAAUUCUUCCUUGCUACUCCCUUGUUCCAAAUUAUUAGUUGUUUCGGCUUUUCUAGAUCCAUAUAUGUUUAUAUAUAGGUGCAUAGCAAAGCCUAUAAAUCUAGAAAAGUCAAAAUGACUAAUAAUUUGGGAUUGAGGAGUAAUUAAUUGGUUCAGGUCAGGUAAGGAAUAUGACAGGCCUUUGUAUCUUCUGACUUCAGCUAUCUUCGUGCUCAGUUGCCUAUUUGUUGUUUUGAUUCUUUGGUAAUCAUAGGCUGCAGAUUGUGCAGCUGUGGUGCAUCGCAGGCUCAUGGGAGCACCCACACAACUUUUUGGUGCUUGGCAGUCUUUGAGGCACGACACAAUGAGCCAUCCCCACUCUGAACCUCGAUUUACAGGAGGCAACGCUAGACGCAGGAGAACCAAUGGUCGGACGGUGGCAGAGCGGGAAUGUCACAACUCACAGCUGUGCUCUGCGGCAAAAUUCAGGGGUGAGGCUAGGGUAAAAAUACCCAAGUGCCGAGUAUAGGGGCCAAAAGAAAAAUCAACGAACAUGAUCUGUUUCCAUUCAAUUAGCUCUAAACAUUGAUUUGCCUCUGAACAAUUAUGGAUAUGUAAAUUGAACAUGACGUUGUCAAUGCAAUAGUAUUUACCAACA